AGUGGUUUUUCGACAAAAAAUUUGAAAUAAAAGUCAGUGUCAAAAUUUUAAGCACUCAGAGUUAAUUCCUCUUCAGACCUUAACUAAACUCGAAAGAAAAAAAUGGCCGGUGCCUUGAAAUACGUUUUCGUAGCUGUAGCUAUCUUCUGCUACAUGCAGCAAGCUGAGAUGGCCCGUUUGCCACGCAACACCGGUGCCGAACCAGCUCUGCCCGCCAACAUCUUCGAGGCUUUCACCAAGCCUGAAUUCUGGAACUCCCUCUCCAAGAACAUUUCUGAUGCUUUCACUGAAGAAAACUUGAAGAAAUACGGCAUCCGCCCGGUAACUCUUGAGGAUGUUAAGGAAGGUUUCGCUAAGGUCCAAGAAAAUGUCCAAACUGGCUUCGCUGAAUUGCAAAAGAACGUCAACAACUUGCUCGAACAAAACCAACCCGCUGCCGCCGCCGACGCCAAGCCCAAGAAGCAAAGGACCAAGUAAAUCAUUUCACUCAAGAGGCUAAAUGUUUGUUUAUAGAUUGUUUUUAUGAAUAAAUGUUUAUUUUUUUUUAUAAAAUAAAUUACUUUAGUUGA